AUGCAUCGUGCGAAGGCAUCUGCCAGAGUGGGCCCAGAACAUCACGGCCACGCAUCCACCGCGAAGGCAAAGGGAAGACUGGAGCGCGCGAAGGAUACUGUCGCUGCGAAAAACGCAGCUACUAAGAGAGAAAAGGCUAGAUUGCGCAAGAAGAACAAAAUUUCUGACAGGCAUGACGCUCAAAAAGAUACCACAGCGUCCAGCGAAAAGCCUGUAGACUGCAAUGGGAGCAAAUCUAUGAAGCGCGUGACGUUCGGAUGA